AUGCGGCCCAUAAUAUGCAGUUUAGGUCGGGAUGGAGCUCCACACAGGUGUCACAUUAAAGCAGGAUUCAUUCUGCUACUUACAUGGGCGUUCCUCCUGACUGCCAUUGGUUUUUUCUCUCAAUUCUCUCUCAAAGCUGCUGUUCUACCUGGCACUUGGUAUAAAGAAGUGCUAAAUCAAAUACACUCCUUUUAUGUGGUGAUUGAGUACCCGUCUGCCAGUCGAAAUCGAACAAUAUUUUUAGCACCCAACAGUGUCCAACAGAGUCCUACACAAAUUCCUACAAAAACCACCGACAUGUCAGUGCAUUAUCAUAUAGAUCACCCAAGCAACUACCAUUUUAUGCUAGACGAACCUGACAAAUGUAGUCAGUGGGAUCCAUUCCUGAUCUUGAUGGUCCCUGUGGCCCCCCAUCAGUUAGAUGCUCGUAACGCCAUCCGGAGCACAUGGGGGAAUGAGAGCUCAGUCCAGGGGAAAGCAGUGCUGACUCUGUUUAUGGUGGGUUUGACUAGAGGACCAGAAGCUCAACAGCAGCUGGAGGAAGAGAGUCAACAACACAGAGAUUUAGUGCAGAGCAACUUUGUGGACUCCUACUUUAACCUGACCAUAAAGACAAUGAUGAUCAUGGACUGGUUGGUCACUCGUUGCUCUCAGGCAUCUUAUGCUAUGAAGGUUGAUUCUGAUGUCUACAUUAACGUGGAGAAUUUGAUGACCCUCCUGUUGGCUCCCAACACACCCAGAGAGAACUACAUUACAGGCCAUUUGAUGAGGGACAGGCCUGUUGUCAGAAACAAAAACUCAAAGUGGUACGUCUCAGAGGAGUUGUACCCCGAACCAAAAUACCCCACAUACCCGCUUGGAAUGGGAUAUGUUUUCUCCAAUGACCUUCCAGAAAAAAUAGUUGAAGCUUCCAAGAAAGUAAAGGGCUUUAACAAUGAAGACGCAUAUAUGGGCGCUUGUCUGAAAUGGUUGGGCAUUGCACCCUCAUCUCCCCCAGACCCUUCACAGUUUAGAGUCUAUAUGGGGCAAUAUAAGCGAGAGAAUUUUCUCAGGGUUAUUACGACACUCCUGGGAUCUCCACAGCAGCUAAUAGACAUUUGGAAGGAUGUAAAGAGGCUCACAUAA